AUGGACGCCCCGGAUGAUGCUAUGCUGCGCCUGGCCCAGCUGGCUCUGCGCUGCACUGUGCAGCGCACUGCAAGCCGGCCCAGCAUGGCCACCAUUGCCAACGAGCUGCAGGGAAUCAGGCACGAGGUGGUGGGGAAGGAGGUGCUGCGGUCAAGUUCUCUCCCCGAAAUACCCUUCUCCCGACGCCUUACUUCUCUCCCCUCCCAUCACACACCUCGUCGCCUACGCCCUCUCUCUGAAACGGCCUCCCUGCGCCCCUCCUCUCUCCAAUCCCAUCACUUUUCCCGUCGCCUGCGCGCUCUCCCUCCCGUUGCCUGCGCGCCUUCCCUCCCGUCGCCUGCUCGCUCUCCCUCCCGUCGCCUGCGCGCUUUCCCUCCCGUCGUCUGCGCGCUCUCCCUCCCGAUGCCUUCGCGCUCUCCCUCCCGUCGCCUUUGCGCUCCCCCUCCCGUCGCCUUCGCGCUCUCCCUCCCGUCGCCUUCGCGCUCUCCCUCCCGUCACCCUUGCGCCCUCUCUUCACGUCGCCCACUUCAUCUCCUAUCGCUCACGUCCUCCCUUCCCGUCGGCAUCGCGCUCACGUUCCUCCUCUCCCCUCCCAUCCCGUUGUUCGCCUCCUCUCCCAUCCCAUCCCGUCGUUCGCCUCCUCUCCCAUCCCAUCCCGUCAUUCGCCUCCUCUCCCAUCCCAUCCCGUCUUUUGCCUCCUCUCCCAUCCCAUCCCGUCUUUCGCCUCCUCUCUCCCAUCCCAUCCCGUCUUUCGCCUCUCCUCUCCCAUCCCGUCGUUCGCCUCCUCUCUCCCAUCCCGUCGUUCGCCUCCUCUCCCCUCCCAUCCCGUCGUUCCUCCUCUCUCCCCUUUCUUCCCAUCGCUCCUCCACUCUCCCCUCCCAUCCGUUGGCUAUUACCUUAUCCAACUUAUUUUUCCCCCUCGUUCUUCGACACCCAUUUUUCUAA